UCGUGCUCGUUACCACUCGUAACUGUUCAAUUCCUUGGAGCGGAAUUCAAUGACAGCAGUAGUAGUCGUAGUAGUCGUCGGUCGUAAUCGUCGUAACGAAGUAAUUGUUGUUAUCUUUGUUAUCGCCGUAGUGUAGGCAUGGUGGACGUGCGAAAGGUAAUAUAUGCUUGUCAUUACCCUCGACAGUUAUUUGUUAUCAGUGAAGAUGCGGAUGUAAAGUUGUGUUAACCUUUGUCGUAAAAUGUGGGUAUUAAGAAGUUCUAGAGGGGCGCUGUACUAUUUGCUUGUGGGAAAAAGCCAUCUAGUAAGUCGUAGGGAUGGAGAUUUGACACUAGCAGAUGACCAGUCUAUUAGUCGUCGACAUGCUGUCAUCACUGUUGAACACAGCAUUAAGGACUUGGGAAACCCCAGUAAACUACCAGUUGUUUCACUUACGGAUACAAGCUCAAAAUAUGGCACAUUUAUUAAUGAUGGAAUUGAGGCUUCAAGCAGAUUGGCUAAAGACUGUACAGAGAUUCUUAGCAAUGGUGAUCGUAUCCGAUUUGGCGUACAGUGGAAUGAGUGGAGGUUGGAAUACAUCCCGCUGGUUAUUACGGCUUCCACCCUCACUCCUGACGAGAAGAAGAACCUUAAGCAACAGAUAAUGAUGCUUGGUGGACACAUAGUGAGCAGUUGGCAAGAUAUGGUCACUCACGUAACCAUGUGCAACUUGACUCUGACUGUCAAGGUAGUCUGUGCUCUUGCAAAUGGGAAACCCAUUGUUACACCGAAGUACUGGGCUGAUUACAUUACUUCUCUGUCAACUAAGCAACCAGUUCCAGACUGCAGGAACUACAUUCCUGCUCUGGCUGAAACAACACUCAAUAUGAACGAGGUGUCAUUUGAUGUCAAUGAAAACAGGAAGAAACUGUUUGCAGGAAAGCAUUUUGUGUUUGUCUGUACACAGCAAUAUAAUGCUUAUUCUUGCAUGGUGACUGCUGCAGGUGGAAAAGCUGAUAUUCUGGAGCAGAAUGGAAUGACCUAUGCAGACCUGGUACAACCAAAUACAAUUGUAAUGCAAUAUGCUUUUAACAAACCAUCCCAAGAGACACAAGUGCCUCAGUCAUUUCAAGAAGUGACAAAAUAUUUAAAAUCAAGGGGUAAGCGAGUGAUUCCUGAAAGUGAAAUAGGCCUUGCUAUUCUACAUUGCUCCGUUGACAGACAUUGUAACCCAGAUUACAGAGUUGCUUCAGUGUUGAUACCCAAAGGGACUAGAAACAUUAGUCACCCUGAAGUUGUUUUGGCUUUGGAUACACAAGACUCAGAAUCAGAGAGUAUAAAGAGAAUUAGAGAAGCAGCAAAAGAUACAGUUAUCCCAGAGAGUGGGACUGUGCUAAAACUCUCAGGUUCCGUUGUCACUUCAACUCCAAAACAUGUGAUGAAUGACAGGGAAAGUAUGGAGAGUAAGACUGUAAAUGUCAGAAUUCCAGGCAGAACUGUGGAGAAAGAAAGGCUGCCAGUGCAUGACAAGACGGAUGCUUCUUAUGUUUCACAAAAAAGGUUCAGAAGUUUGGAAGAUGAUGGCUUCCUCAGAAAGAAGGCUGCUGCUACUGCCAUUGAACAGUCCCAUGUAAUAAUAAAAUUGGAACCUGAUGCGAAAAAUGGUAGCGAUGAUGAAGAUUUGUUUGAGUUUCCGUCUGAUAAGAAAGCCAGGCUGGCAGCUUGUGAACCAGCAAAUGAAGAUGAAGACAUUUUCGCUUUUGCUGAUGACGUAAAACCCAAACCACUCCAGUUACAUGCACAGAAAGAUCAACCUGUAGAGUCAUCUGAGCUGCCAAAGAAAAGAAAGCUUCAGAAUGGAGACACUACAUUUGAGCUGAAUUCUUUCAGUAAGAGACGCGUCCUAGAGAAGGAUGUUUGCCAUCAGCAGAUCACAGAAUCUUAUAAGGAUGAACCCAUGGAACACAGUGUUUCUCCUUCCGGUUUCCUUACUGUUGUUCAAGAUACCAAGGAGAAUGCAGCAUUGGACAAGUCCAUAAUGAAUCUUCCUGACGGCCUGAAGACUAUGACUGUGGUUGAAGUUGAAGAUUUAGUUUCUCGAAAUAUCGCAGUCAUCGGACCUCAUGCUGUAGAGCCCAGAUAUGUUGGCACUAACUUCAAGAAGUUCAGAAAGGUCCAAGCAGUUAACCACUGGCCUGUGGUUAGAAGUGAGGACUUGAUUCCAUUUGAAGUUGAUACUAAAACUCUCUGUAAAUGGCUUAAUGAAACACAUAAUGGAACUGAAAUGAAAAAUAAUGGUGAUAAAAUGGAAGAUAACGAUGAUGAUUGGGCUUUCUUAGGGCCUUCACAGACUAAUAAGAAAAAAACUCAAGCUAGACACAAAUGAAUUUUAAUUUUACUGUUAUAUUUGAGGAUGCUUAUAAAAUAUCUGGAAAGUACAGUAAUAAAUUUAAAAAUAAUUUUUAAACAUGAGAAAAUGUAAUUUAAGAUUUUAGUAUCCAGAAGAAAAAAAUUGGGCUGAUAGCACUAUAUACCGGUGUUGUUUAUUGUCGCUGUAAGAACUUAGUUGCAAACUGAACAUCUUAUUUGUACAUCAGCUGAACCAGCACAACUGCAAGAUAUACACAGACUUACCAACUUACCAAUAGAGGUGUGAGUGAUGACAGACACUAAUAAGAAAUAGAGUGUGAGAGUGUGAGUAUUAGCUGGAUUUGGCCGGCUCAGGGUAGGGAUCAGUAGUGGGCUCUUUCUGGAUACAGUAAUGAACCUUCUAGUUCCAUAAAAAAGUGGACAUAUAUUUGGGCAGCUGAAUAUCAGUUUCUCAUAAGGACCCUGCUUCCAGGAGUGAGAUAAAGACACUUUGUAUGAUAACUUACAGUUAGGUAGAGGUAUGUUUUCUUCCUACUUUA